GCCUCUGUAACAUAUAACAUCCUAUUCCCGCAAAUCCGCUACCAUGUCCAGCAUAGAACUCAUAAACCCAAAAGCUGAGAGUUUGAGGAGGACGCAGGCUCUCCAGGUCAACACUGCCGGCGCCGUUGGUCUUGCGAAUGUCGUCAAGUCCAAUCUCGGUCCUAGAGGAACGAUCAAAAUGUUGGUGGACGGCUCUGGACAAAUUAAGAUGACCAAGGACGGUAAAGUCCUUCUGUCUGAGAUGCAGAUCCAGAACCCCACUGCCGCUAUGAUUGCUCGAACCGCUGUGGCGCAGGAUGAGCAAUGCGGCGAUGGCACAACGUCGGUUGUUCUUCUCGUCGGAGAACUUUUGAAGCAGGCGGACAGAUACAUCCAGGAAGGUGUUCACCCACGAGUGAUUGGAGAUGGUUUCGACAUUGCUAAGAAGGAAGCGUUGAACUUCCUUGACACUUUCAAGCAAACCCCUAAACUCGACCGUGCCAACCUCAUUUCUGUUGCCCACACCUCCCUUGCUACGAAGCUCCACGCCAAACUCGCUCAAAAACUCUCCGCGGAUGUUGUCGAUGCUGUCCUUGCCAUCCAGCCUCCUGAAGUCACCGAACCUGGAGCUUAUCGAGAACCCAUUGACCUGCAUAUGAUUGAAGUGAUGAAGAUGCAACACAAGACCGACACAGACACCCAGUUGAUUAGGGGAUUGGUUAUGGACCAUGGUGCUAGACAUCCCGACAUGCCCAAGCGGGUGGAGAACGCCUACAUCUUGACGCUCAAUGUUUCCCUUGAGUACGAGAAGACCGAGGUCAACUCAGGCUUCUUCUAUUCCUCAGCGGAGCAAAGGGAAAAGCUCGUUGAGUCUGAAAGACGAUUCGUUGACUCUAAGCUUAAGAAAAUUGUUGAGCUCAAGAACGCUGUGUGUGACGUGGUUGUUGGAUCAAAUGAGAAACCCAAGAAUUUCGUUGUGAUCAACCAAAAGGGUAUCGAUCCGAUGAGCUUGGAUGUCCUCGCUAAGAACGGUAUUCUCGCUUUAAGGCGUGCGAAGAGAAGGAACAUGGAGCGAUUACAAUUUGCAUGUGGCGGUGUCGCUCAAAAUUCCGUCGAGGAUUUGACCCCAGAUGUCCUUGGUUGGGCCGGUCUUGUCUACGAGCACACUCUAGGUGAAGAAAAGUAUACUUUUGUGGAGGAUGUGAAGGAACCAAAGUCCGUCACCAUGCUCAUUAAAGGUCCCAACGCGCAUACCAUGACUCAGAUUCAAGAUGCUCUUCGAGACGGUUUCCGUUCCAUCAAGAAUGCCAUCGAAGACAACUCUGUUAUUCCAGGUGCGGGUGCGUUCGAGCUCGCCUGCUCAGCGCAUCUCAAUUCUUCCUUAAAGACUCUCGCCAAGGGCCGAGCCAAGCUGGGUGUCCAGGCUUUCGCUGAGGCUAUGCUUGUAAUCCCUAAGACUCUUGCCGCGAACGGAGGAUACGACGUGCAGGAUGCCAUCGUGGGUUUGCAACAAGAGUUGGAGGAGGCCGGUGAGGAUGGUGUCGUGGGUUUGGAUUUGAAGAGUGGAGAGCCAAUGGACCCUGUUGUCGAAGGUGUAUGGGAUAACUACAGAGUGAAGAGGCAAAUGUUGCACGGAGCGGCGACUAUUGCUGUGAACUUGUUGAAUGUCGACGAAGUGCUUAGGGCAGGAAGAUCAUCGCUCAAAGAGGGCCCUGGUCCUUAGACGAGAAGAAAUAUGAGGUAUAUAGGAGGCGGCGGCUAGCGUGUGUACAUGCAUUAAUCACAUUCCCUGUACGUCGAUAAUAAUACAGUCUUAAAACUGUCUUCUUGUGAUUCAAGUUGGUCCACCUCGUAAGUCCAAAGGCGACCUCUUCGGCCCAUUAUAUCAUGUCCUUAACAAUUAAAUCAUUUAUCUUGACUCAUGAUGGCAUCUAUGCAUGCUCUGCUCACACCUAUACUGCUACAAGGGGGGCCUCAAAACCCGUAAUUGUACAAACAAAAACAAUCCUUUUUGACAUGAACGGUGCACUCUCUUCAUUGCUUUGCUCGAUAAGCAUCUUCUAGCGCGACAUUGACACACAAGAUGCAACUGCCCCUCAGGUAGGUAGGCUCUGUGUAACCAAGGAAACCGAGCAUUGAGGCGACAGCAUGGCGCAACGGUUCAGCGUUGUCAAAGCGACGAAGUCUGAAACCGGCGUAGCCAGAUUAUUGCCAAUACAGUGUUUGUAUAUCUUCCUUCGCGAAGGCCAAUCCACAGGCCGGGCAUUUCCGUUGACGAGAGGCGAUGCGCUGCUCAAGACAUUGUUUGCAGAAAGCUUGACUCCAAUGUUAGGAUAUCUCCCG